AUGCAUUUCAAGGAUUAUACUCCCCGAUUGAACUUUCUAAAAGACUCGGCCAGCUCCCUGAGUUCGAUGAGUCCCUCAACUGCCGCCUACCUCAUGUCCGCCCAUAAUGCCAUCUUCCAUGAAGACCACAAGCCGCUCAACCAACGCCUCCAUGACUCUUUCUGUGGCGCCUGUGGUUGUCCUCGAAGAAGCGAACACACUAAGGUAGCCUCCAUUAAGAAAAGCCAGAAGCGCGUUACCCCCUCCCCAGCAAAAGGUCUGACUGCAGAUGGGGCUACUGUCUACAAGUGCCUGCGAUGCGGACGACGAACGGUAACCCCAUCUCGCACCCUUUCGAAGCCUGCUCCACCAAUUAUCCCCAUUGUCGAUUCUACUGCAGCCAAAGCUCAGCCUGAUCAGGCGCUUGCUAGUAGAACUGCAGAAAAUGCCAGUAGUAAGAAGAGAGCCAAGGCGCGCAAGCAGGGUGGGCUGCAGGCUCUGCUAGCUACAAAGCAGUCUCAAGCUGGGCCCUCAAAAUCUCUUGACUUGUUUGACUUUCUUCAAUAG